CCUUCUGGGCGCCUAAUAAAAACCAGGGAAGUUCAAUCAUUCCGCAGCGAGCCUCGUCGGUGUCACUGGGCAUGCUCAGUCGCUGGCUGCCUCAGCUGGGCUUCCCGGAGCGCGGGCUGGGCAGAGCGGACCCAGAGCCUGAGUGACACGCGCGCGCCCUGCAGUCCCCACCCGGGCGCCCGGCCCGCGGAGAACCGAGUCCUUCCGGAACCCCCAACUUUGCGACAAGUUCGGAGCCGCCUUUUGGGGGAGACAUGCAAAUGUUGACCAGGAACGUUUUACUAGACAUGGAACUGGAGGAGGACGACGACGAGGAUGGAGAUAUCGGUGAUGAUCCUGCCUCCAAGAGGCCCUUUCUGACUCCUCAUAAGCUCCUCCCAUCCAGCCAGGUGUUGGAAAACUUUGAACAGACAAUUGUUCCCAAUUUUGGAUCWUUGGAAAGUCAGCAGGAUUUCCGAACCCCGGAGUUUGAAGAAUUUAAUGGAAAACCUGACUCCCUAUUUUUUAAUGAUGGUCAGAGAAGAAUCGACUUUGUUUUAGUGUAUGAAGAUGAAAGUAGAAAAGAGACCAAUAAAAAGGGUACAAAUGAAAAACAAAGGAGAAAAAGACAAGCAUAUGAAUCUAACCUCAUCUGCCAGGGACUGCAACUAGAAGCAACAAGAUCGGUUUUGGAUGACAAGAUUGUAUUUGUUAAAGUACACGCACCAUGGGAUGUAUUAUGUACAUAUGCUGAGAUCAUGCACAUCAAAUUGCCUCUGAAACCCAAUGAUCUGAAAACCCGUUCCUCAGCCUUUGAUAGUUUCAACUGGUUUACCAAAGUCCUCCGAGUAGAUGAACGUGUCAUCAAGCCAGAGCAAGAGUUUUUCACUGCCCCAUUUGAGAAGAACCGAAUGAAUGAUUUUUACAUUGUUGAUAAAGAUUCCUUCUUCAAUCCAGCUACCAGAAGCCGGAUUGUCUACUUUAUCCUCUCCCGAGUGAAGUAUCACAUGGUAAACAAUGUUAGCAAGUUUGGGAUUAACAGACUUGUAAGUUCUGGAAUCUACAAGGCGGCUUUCCCUCUUCAUGAUUGCCAAUUCGGCAGUCGGUCAGAGGACCCCAGCUGCCCUAAUGAAAGGUACCUUCUGUACAGGGAAUGGGCUCAUCCUCGAAGCAUAUACAAGAAGCAGCCUCUGGAUCUUAUCAGGAAAUACUAUGGAGAGAAGAUUGGAAUCUACUUUGCUUGGCUGGGCUAUUACACUCAGAUGCUCCUGCUGGCUGCAGUGGUGGGGGUGGCCUGCUUUCUCUACGGAUAUCUUAAUCAAGAUAACUGUACAUGGAGCAAAGAAGUUUGUGAUCCUGAUAUUGGUGGCAAGAUUGUCAUGUGUCCUCAGUGUGACAAGAUUUGUCCAUUCUGGAAACUGAAUAUUACUUGUGAGUCCUCAAAGAAAUUGUGCAUCUUUGACAGUUUUGGAACCCUGGUCUUUGCAGUAUUUAUGGGAGUUUGGGUUACCUUAUUUUUGGAGUUCUGGAAGCGGCGCCAGGCAGAACUUGAGUAUGAAUGGGACACUGUUGAGUUACAGCAGGAAGAACAACCCCGGCCAGAAUACGAAGCACAGUGUACUCACGUGGUAAUAAACGAGAUUACCCAGGAAGAAGAGCGUAUUCCUUUCACUGCCUGGGGAAAGUGUAUAAGGAUAACCCUCUGUGCAAGUGCUGUCCUUUUCUGGAUCCUGUUGAUCAUCGCUUCGGUUAUUGGAAUCAUUGUCUAUCGGCUCUCAGUGUUUAUUGUAUUUUCUGCAAAACUUCCCAGUGCUAUCAAUGGGACAGACCCAAUCCAGAAGUACCUGACUCCACAGACAGCCACGUCCGUCACUGCGUCCAUCAUCAGCUUUAUCAUCAUCAUGAUUCUGAACACCAUAUAUGAAAAAGUGGCCAUCAUGAUUACUAAUUUUGAACUCCCAAGGACUCAGACUGAUUAUGAGAACAGCCUAACCAUGAAGAUGUUCUUAUUCCAGUUUGUCAACUACUAUUCUUCAUGCUUCUACAUAGCAUUCUUUAAGGGGAAAUUCGUAGGCUACCCAGGAGACCCAGUGUAUUGGCUGGGAAAGUACAGAAAUGAAGAGUGUGACCCAGGUGGCUGUCUCCUUGAACUAACUACUCAACUGAUAAUAAUCAUGGGUGGAAAAGCAAUCUGGAAUAACAUACAAGAAGUCUUGCUUCCCUGGAUCAUGAAUCUAAUUGGACGGUACCACAGUGUUUCAGGAUCAGAAAAGAAAACCCCACGAUGGGAACAGGAUUACCAUCUGCAGCCCAUGGGCAAGCUGGGAUUAUUUUAUGAGUAUCUUGAAAUGAUUAUUCAGUUUGGGUUCGUCACCUUAUUUGUGGCCUCUUUUCCACUGGCUCCUCUGUUGGCUCUGGUGAACAAUAUAUUGGAAAUAAGAGUGGAUGCAUGGAAACUGACUACGCAGUUUAGACGCAUGGUACCAGAAAAGGCCCAAGACAUCGGCGCGUGGCAGCCCAUCAUGCAAGGAAUAGCGAUUUUGGCUGUGGUGACCAAUGCCAUGAUCAUUGCUUUCACAUCAGACAUGAUCCCCCGCCUGGUGUAUUACUGGUCCUUCUCCAUCCCUCCCUAUGGGGACCACACUCACUAUACUAUGGAGGGGUACAUCAGCAAUACUCUCUCCAUCUUCAACAUCGCAGACUUCAAAAACAAAAGCAAAGGAGAUUCAUUCUCUGGGCUUGGUGACUAUACCACAUGCAGGUAUCGUGAUUUCCGAAACCCGCCAGGACACCCACAAGAAUAUAAACACAAUAUCUACUAUUGGCAUGUGAUCGCCGCCAAGCUGGCUUUUAUCAUUGUCAUGGAGCACAUCAUCUACUCUGUGAAGUUUUUAAUUUCCUAUAUCAUUCCGGAUGUAUCCAAAAUCACGAGGAGCAAAAUCAAGAGAGAGAAGUACCUAACCCAGAAGCUACUGCAUGAGAGUCACCUCAAAGAUAUGACGAAAAACAUGGGAGCUAUCGCCGAGAGGAUGGUAGAAGUGGUAGAUAACAAUCUACGACCAAAAUUAGAAUGAAAGCUUUAUGUUCCGAGAAGCACUUUAAAGAAUUUAGCUCUGUCAAAAUAUAUUAUGAAUCACUAAUGAGAAUGUUUAAGUUAAAUCACUUUGGCAAACGUGAACCGUUAACUUUUGCCAUUUUCAUGUAUUUUAUUUUUCAGUUUCAGCUAGUGAUGCAAAAACUGAAGAAUAUUAAAACUUAUAUCAAGAAGGGCAUAAAACUAAUCACCUGGAAAACCUAAUAUGCUACCUUCUUUGGUAAAUUGGAAUUUUAGUAACCCAGUGUGCUUAGCAGCCACCCCUUGAAAGCAGAAUGGAUCCUUUUUUCUAUUUGAUUACUUUCAUCCCUUCCUAUUCUCAAGCACAUGAUCUCCUUUAUUUUUGUGUUUUUUUUAUCUCUUUAGUUCACCAAAUUUAGUCCAGUUAUCUUUUUCUUACCAUAAUUAAAGACUAGACAUGCUACCACUUUAAUAGCUUUUAUACAAUUAAAAACAUUGCUUACUCAGAAUUGAGUUUGAAUGCGGUAUUAAGUGGCAAGUAGAAUUCUUAAUAUUUAGGUGUAUUAUCGCAUCCCUAUAGAAAGAAACCUCACAUAAUAGGGAGUAGUUUGUCUCCAUUUUGGCCCGUCUUUGCGUGUCAAAGAAAUGUUCAUAGUGGACUGAAAUGACGAUAGUCAAGUUUUGAAACAUUUAUAUAAACCCAUAGUGACACCUUCUACCUUCUAGGAUCACUCCUAGAAUGAUCUGUGCCUCAUCAAUGGUGACUGCCUUGAAGAUCUCAAGGGAAUAAGGUGACAAAAGUAGGGAUAGUUACACAUUCAAAUAGAAGUGUAACUCUGUUCAAUCUGGACGACUAAGUUGCCUCUUCUAAAGAUGUGUAGUUUCUUGGGAGAAAAUUAUAAUCGAAUGAUUAAAAUUACAUUUUUAUCAACAUAAUGUUCUGGAAAAGGAAGUCCAUCAGAUUCCCACCAGUCAACUUUUAUUCACCAAACACAGGAGGUACAUUACUGCAAAUCACUAAGCGCCUUUGCAAAUAGCUCACGGUGUGCCUUCAUGGCAUGACCAUGCUGUGUGGGGUCCAGGGGCAGCAGGUGUCCUAACUGUGAGCCACACCACUGUGGGCUUGUGUGGGGAGCCCUUUCAUCAGGGGUACAGCCUGUCUUUGUUUCUGUAUGCCAAAGUGAUCGACAUAACAAAGCAGUUGCCCCCAUGAACAUGUCUUCCUGCACCUUCCACCCUCAGAUUCUGGGCCCUGUAACUCAUUUGUAAUUGUAUGUUUGCACUAGAAAUAAGUAUAUUCAGA